GAACGUCUCGAAAAGGAAUGGACUCCCUCAGAUCGCAUAUUAUUAGCAUAUAUACUUUCCUGGAGAAUUGCUUCCCAAAAAUGUUUAGAACUUCAUCAAAUAAAAUAUACUGAAAUUCUAAUCCCAUUAAUUUAUAGGCCAAGAGAUGGACGCAAACAAAACUGCCUUGUCCAGAUCCCUGGCCUAUCUGAAAAGAAGGAGUUAGUAAAAAAUGACAUAGUAUACUUAUCCUUAAAUACACUUUCUGACAAAUUCUUAAAAGAUAUGUUGGCAGAUAAAAAAGUUAUAGAUUGGGAACUUGGGUAUGCUAUGACUAUUCAUACUAGUCAGAGGAUGACUCUUAAGUCACUACAGCAUGUUUGGAUUAUUGAUGAAAACUUAGUCUGGGAUAAUCUAAUAUAUUUGGCAGUUGAUCAUGUGGAAUAUUUAAACCAACUCAUUUGGGUUGAAGCACUUCCAUUACCUCCUGAAAUUGCCCAAGAGAUUGAGGAGACAAAAAAGAAAAGACAGCUAAAGCACAAAUUGAGACCGUCUAUUCAGGAAAAACUUAUCAGAUAUAUAGGCCAGGACAAAGAAAAAGAUCGUAAAUUUGAUCUAACAGUUGACUAUAUCCUCAUAUUAAAAUGUAUUCAAGAAGACAAAUGUACAUCAUGUCUCACCGAAAUGAAAUUCGAAUGGGAUCAGCCAGGAAAUAUACUUCAGUGGACAGUAGAUCGAAUUCACAAUAGUUUGGGGCAUAUUAAAGGGAAUGUAUGCCUUACUUGUCUUCUUUAUAACUGA